AUGAAGACACCCGAGUUCGAAUCCUCGCCCUUCCUGUCCGGCGCGGCUGGCUUCGGUCUCGGCGAUGCAGGUGUCCACCUCGCUUCCACCUCUUCCACUUCCUCGCCUAGCUCUCCCUCCGUUACAAGAACUCCAAGAUGGGGCAGCAUACGCCAACGCUUCAGCAGCAUUCACUCGCGCGACAGCUUCUCGGUCCCUGUCGACAGCGUUGAUGAUGCCAUGUGGGACAAGAACGACGCCGCUUUCCUCGAGGAAGUGGCCCGCAAUUCGCCCCUCCUCCUCAGCUCACCAGAUCGCUUCGAGUCGCCAGCUGCCAUACUUCAAGACGCUUACGCCGGCCGCGCUUCCUUGUCUUCGUCCCGCGUUAACAGCUCCAGUCCACACAUCGAAACAGAUCCCCAUGUCAGUUCGACUCGUCGCCAGUCACACCAGCCAACAUCACGAUACGCUUCUUCCUCCACUCCAGCGACUGCAUUCGCCUUUCCCGCUUCCAUGCCUUCCGUCCACGAUUCCAAAACCAGCUCGGCCAUGUCGAUUUCGGCAUCCACCACCACAUCCUCACCUCACUUGAUGCGAAAGAUGUCCUCCAGAACCGCACUGCCCGAUUUGCCCGAGCAAAAACAUGUUGACGAUGCCGGCUCGUUUUCGCGUCCUUCCACCUCUUCCUCAUCGACUGCAUCCAUGGGUCCGCCUGUCUUGCCUCCCACCGCAUCCUCGACCUAUUCGAUGUCCGCAUCCUUCGCCAAUCCUCACCUGCUUCGGUCUCCCGGUGGCAGGAGCAGUUCCCACUCGAGCGUUGCAUCCAGCCCCGUCCUUGCUCAGAGCGUUCACUCAGGAAGCGAGGCAGCUCGUUCUGCCAACUCGGAUCAGUACCCGCGUUCCCCGUCCCUGCACAGCUCCUCGUCUUUCACCGCUUCCGGCUACGUUUUUGGCUCGCUCGACGAUCGCAGCGCUGCUCUCGACGGCCGCGUACGGAUUAAUUCCUCCAAUUCGGUCGUGAGUUCGCCACUUGCAUCCUCCAGUUCAGCCAUCGAUCGUCGCCCAAGUCGAAGCCUCAUGGGCAGCCCACUGGCUCUUGGAAGUUCUUUCUCCUACUCUCGACCUGCCAGCCCAGAAGUGCUUCUACAUGGUCAACUGCCGACUGCUUUCUCCGCCGCAAGACACGCAGCAACGGAGGACGCCACUUCCUCUCCCUUCGGUCGUCCUCCAUCCAUCGCAGGCGUGCUCGAUUCGCCUCAGCUCGCUUCGUCAUUCAGCCACACUCUCGCAACCGAGCUUCCCGUGCAUUCCGACGACGAUGCUGCCACGGCCCGUGCAAAGCGAGAGGCAACUGCUAGCAUGCGAGGCGUCCCCGGCAGCCCCAGAAGAAAGAGGAGCGCCGCUGUCGCACCGACACCACCAGCCGUCGCCUUUUCACCAAGCGCCAUCGAGCCAGUCCCAAAUAGCGCUAAUGCCGGCGCUCAUGUUCGCAAGCACACCAAGAACAAGAGCAGCUUGGUCUCGGGACUCCGCAAGUUGAUCAGCAAGAGAGAUAAAGAGGACAAGACUGCUGUCCUUCCUGCGUCUCACACGGCUUCGGCUGACGGCUCGCCCGAGCAGGCGGCCAUCUCCGGCGAGCCUGCGUUUAGUGGCUCCGGACUUAAUCUUUUAGGAUUGGCGCCAGACGCCUUGGGCUCGCAGACAACCGUUCAAGGAUCGCACGACCUCGCCGCUCACCCGACAGGCAACAACAAUGCUGUCGCCCACACUUCACCACGUCUGUCGCGCAUGUCUCCGUCUUUGGACCUCUUGCGGAAUGCGAGUACUACGCCCAGAAGUCCACGAGCAGAACCAUCGCAGCAUGCCGUGCCAGCAUCACCCUACUCGCGCGCAAUGAGCAUCGACAUCGCUCGACCGCUCCGCGAAGUGCUCCUUCCGCGAUCACGUAGGGAUUUCAGCGGCAAGGCGGUGCCUCGUUCAAGCGUUAUUGAACACAUUUCGCACAAUGAGGUUCGCAGAUUGACAGGCAAUUCAGGGCCGGUCAUCUUGCAGACGCAACGGGAGCUCGCCGAGCAUCGAUCUCGAUACAACAAGGUCGCCCCAGCCUCUGGCCUGCCGGACAUCGCUGAUCUCCACACGCACCGCGUACCCCCCGACACUACUCACGGGCUUCGAGCGACGAGUGUAACGGACCUUGCCGUGUCACAAUCGCUGUCAAGGUCACCACGAAGCGAGCAAGCCGCCUUGCAGGAUGCCGGUUCCAUUGAGCUCCUCACGCCGUCUAGCAGCGUUGGAGCAACCAACGGCAUCGACAGCAGCAGCUACAUGGGCGGGGGGAUGGCUUCGUCCGGUUCAUCGUUUGUUUCUGCUAGCACAGCAGCCACAGAUCCAUCCGUGACGCUGCGGCCGCCUUUUUCGUUCCAGCCUCAAUCGUACAGGCCGUACUCGCGCGAAUCGCGUACGUCUUCCAAGAUGCAACCCAGCCCUGAUUCGAGCCCGUCGCUUGACACGGCGAGCGGCUACCACAAGCCUUCUCAUCGCAGCGUUCUGUCUCUGGGCUCGCAUGUCGCCCCCAUCGGCAGCCACGGUGGUCCAACGUCAGAGGCAUCCUGCAACGCAGCAUCGGUACUCAUGCCUCCGCCUUCUGGCGUACCGGCCAGCAAACGCGGCCACAACAGCCGUCGCUCACUCAGCAGCCUUGUCGGCAACAGGACAUGGUCGAGCUUCCUAGGCUCGCCUGCUCUUGGCAGCAGCAGCUCCCAUUCGCACCAUCCUCACCACAAGCGCGUGUCUGCUGCUACAAUCUCGCGACCCUUGUCGGUGUCUUCGUCGGCCUUCUCGAACGACUUUGACGGUAGCAAUAGCGAGCCAGAUGCUGCUACGGCUGCGACUGGCGAUCUGACAUUGCGUGCGUCAGAUUUUGCAGGAGCGGAUGUUAGCUCGUCGCGUGUUCGGCUCGACUCGAAUAUUUCGGAACCGGGAUGCGAGUCAGUCGGAGCGAUAAAUUCGAGUUUCAACAGCAUGCACGGCCGUUCUUCUUGGCAGUUCGCUGCUCCUCCUCGGCCACCCUCGGGCCCACACGCGCUUGCCCUUGCUCCACACGCACUGACGGGAGCAGCAGCACUACCACCGGUCGUUUCAUCUUCCAGCUCGCAUCACUCUCAUCAAUCGCAUCAUUCGCAUCAGAGCUACCAUUCGUACAGUUCUGCACCGGCCUCUGCCCGUCCCUCGGCCGCUUUUGCACCUUCCUCAGCAUCGCAUCGCCUCAUACCCACGUCCUUGUCGUCCUCAUCGCUGUCCAGCUCGGCUCUUCGCCAACAGCAAGGACACUUGCCUCAUCCGCUUCGACGUCCCACCACCGGCGACGGCUCCGCUUCCCCUACCGUUGCCAGUAGCAGUAGCAGCGACACUUUCCAGUCCAACGGCGCUCCUCUGAUCCAGUCACCGUCGCUCGAGAACCUGGGAAGAGACCGCACAGCCGCGUUAAAGCUUCCUGCGUCCACUGCGCUCGGCUUCUCGUCUGCACCUCGUCCUUCGUACGCGGGACAUCGCCUGUCUGCUUCAGGAUCGUCGCUCUCGCACCGCAAGCGUCCUUCGUUUGGUCUCGCCAUCGAGGCUGCGGCCCAUUCCGCCUUUGACAGCAUCCCGAGUCCUCUGCUGCGCACGCGUCACAGCUCACUAGCGCUUACCGAAGGUGUAGCGCCCGAGCGACCUUUCUCCACGUCUUCGGCGUCCGCCGCUCGAACACCGUCUGGCAGCUCGUUCAGCACCAGUCCCAACGAAUCGGCUCGUGUUUCUGCCGCAACGCUCUCGUCGACCCACGAUCACGACGACAACGUCGAGAUCGAGACGCUUCGCGAAGGCAGUCCCGUGAAAGCAAGCUACGGCGACUCGAGCCCGUUCCUGGCUUCGACGCCCGCUCUGGAAAGCGCCAUGGCAGCUGUUUCGCUUCAGCCCUCCAACCACCGCCAUUCGGUCUCGGUGCCUAUGGAUGAAGGCGAUUCGCCACGACAGCACAUGGAGGAGAGCUGGAACCGCACAACGGAUGGUGCCGCGGUGUUUGCCGCUUACCUCGACGCGGAGGACGCGUUUGAACUGCAACAACAGCAGCAGCCGCAACAGCACGUGUCCCGCCAGUAUAUGAUCCACUCUCCCAACGAGGAGGAGGGACCUGCGCUCGCCGUUGCGGCGACGAACUCGUCGUCGUCGGGUCGUCUCAGCCAGGCAUCCAAGGACAUUGCAUUUGGCUCCAUCGCAGGCAUGGUGAGCAAAGUGUUCGAGCAUCCGUUUGACCUUGUCAAGGUACGGCUGCAGACGCAGUCGGCAGACCGUCCCGCUCGCUACGCCGGUGCAUUCGACUGCUUCAAGCAGACCUACCUGCAAGAGGGCAUUCGCGGGCUCUACCGUGGUCUGAGCAUGCCCGUGUUUGGCGCGACGCUCGAAAACGCCUGCUUGUUCUUCACGUACAAUCAGAUCCAGUCGGCGAUCCGGUGGUUCAAUGGAGAGGCCAGGAGCAGCUCCGCGGCCAAAGCGGAUGCCGAGUCGCCGCUGUCGAUCCCGCAGCUUGCGAUCGCGGCGGCGGGCGCAGGGUCGGUGACGAGCUUGGUGCUGACGCCGAUCGAGCUGAUCAAGUGCAAGAUGCAGGUGCAGAUGAUCACGCGUGAGCAGCAUGCCCCGGUCACUGCGGGUUCUGUUGGGCAAGCGCAACUGCAGCAGACACGAUCGCUGUACACGAGUGCUGUGCGAUCUGCAACGUCCAACCAGCAGACGCUCAAGACACUCGACGGACCACUGGCGCUGCUCCGGCGUACGAUUGCCACAGACGGUAUUCGCGGGUUGUGGCUCGGCCAGACGGGCACGCUGCUUCGUGAAACCGGCGGUGGUAUCGCCUGGUUCCUUGCGUUCGAAAGCUGCUCGCGCUACCUGAUCGCACGCAAGAAGCUGCAGUGGAGGCGCGAUGAUGUGACCAAGAAAGACCUCAGCUCGCUUGAACUCGUCGGUGCUGGAGCUCUGGCGGGUGUCAGCUACAACGUCGUACUCUUCCCCGCCGACUCGGUCAAGUCAACCAUGCAGACCGAACAGGAGAUGCGCGCCGUCUCGUCGUCGUCGACAGCAAAAGCAGGCGAGAAGUGGAAGGGCACCGGGUUCUACGACACGUUCAAGAAGAUCUACAAGACGCGCGGGCUGAGGGGGCUGUAUGCCGGAUGUGGCGUCACCUGUUUGCGAAGCGCGCCGAGCAGCGCGAUCAUCUUUUUGAUGUACAACAAGUUGGAGAAGCUGAGUGACGAGUAUGGACUCUAG